UUAUGGACAAAGCGAGCAGUCCGGCGUGCGCGAAUAAAACCCGCGCGCUUUUGCUUGAGGUGUAGCAUUCUCCAGCACAGCUGUGGUAGGUAAACAUCAGCAAGACUUCACCGGCAGACACACCCGAGACUCACCUGCACAGCCAUGGAAGAUGACGUUGCAGCCCUUGUUGUUGACAAUGGCUCCGGCAUGUGUAAAGCUGGUUUUGCAGGAGACGAUGCCCCCCGUGCUGUCUUCCCCUCCAUCGUCGGUCGCCCCAGACAUCAGGGUGUGAUGGUGGGAAUGGGACAGAAGGACAGCUACGUGGGAGAUGAGGCCCAGAGCAAGAGAGGCAUCCUGACCCUGAAGUACCCCAUCGAGCACGGCAUUGUCACAAACUGGGAUGACAUGGAGAAGAUCUGGCAUCACACCUUUUACAACGAGCUCCGUGUUGCCCCAGAGGAGCAUCCUGUCCUGUUGACUGAAGCUCCACUCAACCCCAAGGCCAACAGGGAGAAGAUGACCCAGAUCAUGUUCGAGACAUUCAACUGUCCUGCCAUGUAUGUGGCCAUCCAGGCCGUCCUAUCACUGUACGCCUCCGGUCGUACCACAGGUAUUGUGAUGGACUCGGGUGACGGUGUCAGCCACACUGUGCCCAUCUAUGAGGGUUACGCUCUGCCUCAUGCCAUCCUGCGUCUGGACCUGGCUGGCAGAGAUCUGACAGACUAUCUGAUGAAGAUCCUCACAGAGAGAGGCUACAGCUUCACCACCACUGCUGAGCGUGAGAUUGUAAGAGACAUUAAGGAGAAGCUGUGCUACGUGGCUCUGGACUUUGAGCAGGAGAUGCAGACAGCUUCAGCCUCUUCCACCCUGGAGAAGAGCUACGAGCUUCCUGACGGACAGGUCAUCACUAUCGGCAACGAGCGGUUCCGUUGCCCCGAGACACUUUUCCAGCCUUCGUUUAUUGGAAUGGAGUCUGCUGGUGUCCACGAGACAACCUACAACAGCAUCAUGAAGUGCGACGUUGACAUUCGAAAGGACCUGUAUGCAAAUACUGUGCUCUCCGGUGGCACCACUAUGUACCCUGGCAUUGCAGACCGCAUGCAGAAGGAGAUCUCUGCCCUUGCCCCACCCACUAUGAAAAUCAAGAUCAUCGCUCCCCCAGAGAGGAAGUAUUCCGUCUGGAUAGGCGGUUCCAUCCUGGCCUCCCUCUCAACCUUCCAGCAGAUGUGGAUCAGCAAGCAGGAGUAUGAUGAGUCUGGCCCUGCCAUCGUCCACCGCAAGUGCUUCUAGAAACCUCCACAACCUCCCCUGCCCUGGCAGAAUUGUUCCAUCUAACUAGAACUCUCUCAGAUUAAACGUGUUAACAGCUC